UGGACCUACAGGGCAGGGGGAGGGAGGAAAGGAGAGAGAAAAACCCUCCGCCUUCCCACGGCAGCACCGGCUCUCAGCCGGAAUCUCUUUGUCGACCCGGGCGGCGCUGGUUCAUCGGGCGUGCGGUUGCAAUCAGGUUGCUCCGGGCCGCCAGAGGCGACGCUGGAGUUCUCCCCAACUUUUCCCAAAUCUUGUGGAAGUUUUUGUUCUGUGUGCCAGCGAGAGGAACGUGCUUGUUCGAGACGAUGGCGAGCGGGGGUUACCGGCCUCCCGGGAACACUACCGACUUCCUGGAGGAAUGGAAGGCCAAGCGGGAGAAGAUGCGCGCCCGCUUCGCUGCCGCCACCGGCGCGAAUAAUUCCGUCAACUCCGCCGUCAACAACGCCGAUGCCGGGUCCAGCCGUAACGGCUCCUCACCCCCGGUGGCCGAGCUGAACAACAACGGAGGCGGUGGUGACCGAGCUGCGGUGCCGCCGGGAACGGCGAGCACCGGCGGCAGGGCGGCAGCCCCGGCAGCGCGGCGCAGCGACGAGGAAGGGAGAAGCGGCGAAGGCGCCGCCAGGAAUCCGGUGGCGGACGGUGUUGAAACGGAGCCUCCGCCUCCUUCUGCUCCGCCCGCCGCCGCCGCCGCCUCAUCGCCUCCCGUUUGCCCAAAAAACAAGGAGAAGAAAAGUUCGGGACCGAGCGCCCGCAAGGGCAAGGGGCAGAUCGAGAAACGGAAGCUGAGGGAGAAGAGGAGAUCUACGGGGGUCGUCAACAUCCCCUCGACGGAGAGCCCCGACGAGGACCAUGACUCUUCAGAACAGAAGCUGCACCAGAGAGAGGAUGCCACCACUCAGCAGAACACCAUCCUGAAUGAGUCCAUUACAUCGGACACAGGCAGCCCAUAUCCAGAAACUUCCAGAACUACAAGUCGAUGGAAAAGCUCCAUGGGUGCUCCUGAAGAAGACAUCCCUACGUACUCAACCAAUAACCGAUACUCUGGUCGAGGUGAGAGAAUGGGCUAUGGUCGCUAUGGCAACUCUGCAAGCUAUGGUGGUUCAUUAGAGAAGAAAUUGGAAGAAUUUGAAAAGGAACUUGCCAAGGAGAGGCAAGAAAAUCAGAAGCUGCUGAAACAGCUACAGGAUCGGGACGAUCUCAUUGGGAAACUGAAGGAAGAAAUCGACCUUCUUAACAGAGAUUUGGAUGAAAUUGAAGACGAGAAUGACCAGCUGAAGCAAGAAAACAAGACACUGCUGAAAGUAGUCGGCCAGCUCACCAGGUAGAAGCUUGCCUUCUCCUACAGCACACCACUCCGUGUCAGUCUGACUGAUAACAUUGCCUUCCUGGACUGCGCUUUGCAAGCGAAACACAAGGGCCAGACUGUGAACGAGAAUGCCCAAGUUCACACCACCCCUCAGUUGAGAAUAUUACACACCUUUUCAAAGUCCUCUAUCACAUACAGAUGUACCGCAUCGGGCUCCAUUGACCUUCUGUAGAACCUGCUGGAUUAAAUAAAAUUCCCGAUGUAUUUCCUUAGACAACCUGCAAGAACCUCUGUUGCAGAGCCGUUUAUGAGCAGAUCGACAGGUUGAAUCAUGGCUGCUGUCUUGUUAUCCACGCAGUACAAGUCCAGUUCACCACAUCUGCUAUGUUCAAACAUCACAAGAGGAGCAUACGUGUCAAAGCUGCAAAUGGUUUCAAGAAGUGAGAUUUCACUGCUGCAAGCAAGCCCUCACUUUAAGAUGUGGCUAAAGCUUCAAACCGUACAACUUCUACGUGCACAAUAUUUUCUCAGCUCAUCUAUUCAAAACUUUGUUAAAAUGUACUUUGCUCGAGAGCCUUGAAAGGCAUUGAUCCUGUAGUAUCAGUCUCGUGCUUAAUCUGUGACACGGAAGUGUAGAACUUCUCCUUCAAAAUUCAUUCCAUUUCAACAAUUAAAAGAAGUUUGGUAGGUGCAUUGAUGGGAGGGAUAUUGAGAGCUAUGUUCCUGGUGCUGGUCAAUGGGACAAGGGAGGAUAACAGUUGGUAUGGACAAGAUGGGCCAAAGAGCCUGUUUUUUAUGCUGUAGUCCUCUCUGAUUGGGUAAAAGUUGCAACAUAAACAGCAGGAGGAGCCAUUCAGCCUUUUGAGCUUGUUCUAUUAUACAUUAAGAAUGUAGUUGACCUGACCCACAUCUUGACUUCCCUCCUUGAUCCCAGCAACCAUUGAUUUCCCCGCCAAUCCUCCGUGGCCCUGAGCACACCUAAGGAAAUCAGAGGAGUAGCCCGCUCUGUCCCGCCAUUCCAUAUGAUUAUGGCUGAUCUGCCAUAGGCCGCGUCUCCUCUCCUGUUCCUGUUUCCCAUUGCCUUAAUCCCCUGGUACAACAUGGAACAGUACUGGGCAGGAACAGGCCACAAUGUUGUCCUCAGUACUUAGACUAAAAACACUAAUCCUUUCUGCCUGCACAAGGUUCAUGUCCUUCCAUUCUCCGCGCAUUCACGUGCCUAAGUAUCCUUUAACACCUCUAUCAUAUCUGCCUCCACCACCACCCCAAUGCAGACACCCACCACUCUCGCUGUAGAACAUCGUCUAUGAAAUUACUGCCUCUCCCCUCCCCUCUAGUACUGAACUUUGAAUUUUCCCCCUCUUAGAUAUCCUCUAGUAUUAAACAUUUCAACCCCGGGGGAAAAGAUUUCGGCUGCCUGCACAAUCUACACCUCUCACAAUUUUAUAAACUUCUACAGGUCUUUACUUGACCUCCACUUCUCCAGAGAAAACAACCCUUGAAGUCUUUCAAAUAUUUAUCUGCCUCCACUUUAAAUUCCCCCAAUCUUUUAGCCUCCACAUCUUCAGGCGGAGAAUUCCAUGGAUGGUGCAGACUCCAUAUUUCAAGGAUUCGCACAUUCUCUGAGGAUUGGAGGGGCGGUGGGGGGGGGGUGGUGGUGGAAGAAAACCCAAACUGCUGGAGGAAUUAAGUGGGUCAGGCAGCAUCCGUGGAGGUAAGACGUUCUUCUGACUCUCAGUGUCUGAGAAGAACUUUGUCUCAAGCAGUAUGCCUUCAUUCUGACACCAUGGCCCCUAGUUUUAUAAGGGAAUAGACCUCUCAGUUAAUUGCCCUCAGAAUCUUGUGUGUUUCCAUGGGUUCAUCUCUUAAAGCCUAAGUGUAGGCCCCACUUGCUCAAUCUUACCUCAUGAGCUCAUCCCAGGAUUCAGUGAACUGUUGAUCACAAUCAGGUUUAUUAUCACUGUCAUAUAUGAUAUGAAUUUUGUUGCUUUACAGCGAUAAAGUGCAAAAAUAACUAAAUAUUGCAAAAAAAAAAGGAAUACUGAGAUAUUCCUGAACCGUUGAGAAAUCUGAUGGCGAAGGGGAAGAAGUUGUUUCUGAGUUGUUCAGCGCGUGUUUUCAGGCUCCUGUGCCCUGCACCCUGAUGGUAGUAAUGUGAGAAGGGCAUCUCCUGUGUGCCGAAGGUCCCUGAUGGUGGAUGCCAGCGCCUUGAGGCAUCACCUCGUGGAGAUGUCCUCGAUGGUGCAGAGGGUUGUGCCCGUGAUGGAGCUGGGUGAGACUACAACCCAGUGCAGCCUCUUUCAUUCCUGUGCAUGGGAGCCUCCGUCCCAGAUGGUGAUGCAACCAGAUAGGAUGCUUUCCACCAUACAUCUUUAGAAAUUUUCCAGAGUCUUUGGUGACGUACUAAAUCUACCAAGACUCUUUAUGAAGUAGAGCCACUGGUGUGCCCAUUACAUCAAUGUGUUGGGCCCAGGAUAGAUCCUCUGAGAUGCUGACACCCAAAAAGUUGAAACUGCUCAGCCUUGCCACCACUGCCUCUCAUUGAGGACUGGUGCUGGUUCUCCUGACUUCCCCUUCGUGAGGUCCACAGUCAGUUCCUCCGUCUUAUUGAUGAUGAGUACAGGACAGCUGUGAUACCACUCAAUCAGCCAAUCUAUCACCGUUGGAGAUUCUGCAAACACCAGUGGUGUCAUCUAUGAAUUUUUAGCCACACAGUCAUAAUUGUAGAGAAAGUAGAUUAGUGGGCUAAGCAUGCAUCGUUGCUGAAUGUCAGCGAGGAGGAGAUGUUAUCCCUGAUCUGUAUUGUCUGAGGUCUCCAAAUGAGGAAGUCCUGGUCUUUUCCACCUUUCCUUACCCUGGGUUGUGGAAGCUAACUUCAACAGUCAGCUCGUAGGUUUCCAGAUGACUUCAGAGAGUUAAUGAACUGUUGUUUUGUCACUGUGUUGUGAGACUGUUUUACUGGUCAUAGAUGCAGGGUGGACGCAGCCUGCUGUGUUGUCAGUGCAAUAAACUGGCAUUGUCACUAGGUGUGAAAUGCACUGUGUGAGCCUCUCCCUCUUCCCCUCCCACUGAGACUCCCGUCUCCCAGUCCCAUCUGACUGCAUAUAUACAACCAAUCAAAAUAACUUUCCUCCAGGCCGCGGUGCACCCACAAAACAUAUUUCACACAACACCUAAACCGAAAUAUUACCAUAUACAAGUUAAUAAAAUAUAAUUCAAUGUGCAUGUAGUGUGUGGUACAGGUAAACAAACAGUAAGCAGCUCAGUGUUUUGGUGACGAGACUUUGGUGGUGGCAGGGUAUUCAUUAGUCUCACAGCCCCGGGGAAGGAGCUUUUACCCAGUCCUGAUGCUUCUGGACAUCCUUCCUGAAGGUAGUGGGUCAAAGAGAUUGUGUCUCUCUCUCAUACACACUCUGAAUCAAGCUCAGACCUUUGAAUUUAUGCUUCACAGUUUUUUUCUCGCUAAUCAUUAAAAAAUAAAAAAAUCUGCAACAUGGUGCACAAGGAGGCAGACAGUACACUACUGCCUAUUGGGAAUGACUCAAUAAAGACCAUGUUGUUCAAAUGUUAUUACAUAAACAUUACAGCACAAUACAGGCCCUUCGGCCCACAAUGUUGUGCUGACCUUUUAACCUACUGUAACGUCAAUCUAACCCUUCUCCCCUACAUAACCCUCCAAUUUUCUAUCAUCCUCAGAGUUUUUUUAUAUAUCUGCCUCUACCACCACCCCUGGCAGGGCAUUCCAUAUACCCACCACUCUCGGUGUAAAAAAAAAACCUACCCCUGACAUCCCUGCUAUACUUCCCUCCAAUCACCUUAAAAAUAUGCCCUUCCACCCUGGCUCUCCGCUCGAUCUAGGCUUAUAUUUAUCAUACUUUUGCCUGUUUGAACACCAUCAUAUUCUUAAUCGUUUUCAUUUCUUGCAUUGCGUUUUCUGUUUGAUUGAAGAAACAAUCAGUGUGAUGGAAUCAAUUUCAAAUAGAUUUGGUGUGGAUUAGUUCUCUGUCGUUCUUCUUCUUAAGCCCAUCACCACUACUGGGGCAGAGGCUGCCGAUGGCAGCUCAUCAGAGCCCUCUGUCUUGGGCCAGUCUGGGCAAAGAUCCUUCCUCUCCCAGGGAUGCGGUCUUCGGAGCUCUUGUUGGUGUUUCUCUAGCUCUUUUUUUUUAUGGGAUGGGGUUGCUAAUCCCAUGCCCAUCCCUCCCCCUUUCACAGCCAGGCUUGGGACCGUCCGUGGCAGAGUUUUCUCUGUGGCUGGUGUGUGCUUAACCAGCGAUGCGGGUCACUGAAUUCAGCCUCUGGACUUUGGUACAGUCGAACUAGAUUAUGGAGGUGGGACCUAUAAAUUGAAUGGAAUAACAUAAUCUAGUGAGGGCAGCUGAACAAAGGGCACACUUCUGUCUUCACGACACUUAGAAUAUUCAUAACUAUAAAUCACGUUUGGUGUUAGUCAGCUUGCAGCGCAUCAAGAUUACAGCAGAAAAUGUAAAAAAAAAGUCUUUUCAAUGAAUCCACUUAAAAAUAUUAAAAAGCCUGGAGCUUUGAACUUUACAGAGGCCAGCAUACAUAAGAAAUGAGUUCUGACUGUUGCUAAUUCUUGUGACUUCUGACAUGCAUUUGAUUUCCUUCUAGGUUAGAUUAGUGCAUCAGGAAGAAUGGUACAUUGUAAAACUGUGCUGUUGCAGAUAGAUUUAUGCAAAAUAAACUGACGCAUGU